AUGUCUAAACCCUCUCAAACCUUGUUUGCAUUAUCCAUCAUUUUCAUAAUAACAUCAUGUUAUGCUGAUAGCUCUAACACAACACCAUCAUCAUCACUAUGUCCUAUUUCUCGUUGUGGCAAUAUUUCCAUUCACUACCCUUUUUGGAUUAAGUCCCUAACAAUCAACUCUAAAGAUCGAUUUUGUGGUUAUCCUGAUUUUGGUCUUGAAUGCUCCAAAAACAACAAAACCAUAAUCAAUCUUCCAAGUGACAUGUAUUAUGUUACCGAUAUAAACUAUGAUAAAAGAUCAAUCACCCUUGUUGACAUAGAUAUAUUGGAUCAAAAAUGUCCAAGGGUAAGAAAAAACGUUACACUUUCUAACCUUCCUUUGUCUUUUAGCAAACUAGAUUUGAAUCUUAGUUUCUACUUCAAUUGUAGCUCUUACCCUUCAAUUUUAGAGCCUAUUGAAUGCUUUAGAGUUAGUAACAAUGAAAAGUUGAAGUCUUAUGUUAUUGAGGAUGGUGAUGAAGGUGGAAUUGGUUAUGAUAAUUGGAAGUGCGAGGAUCAUGUUGUGGUGAGUGUUAAGGUUGAUGUGGUAAGUGAUUUUGUUGGUGGUGGUUUGAUUAAUGGGUUUGGUUCAGCUGUGAAGAAAGGGUUUGUGCUUGAUUGGAGAAAAGGGUUUGAGGAUUGUGCUAAGUGUGAGAACACUGGUGGAUAUUGUAGAUAUGGUCAAGAGAGUAAGAACUUUACAUGCAUAUGUGGAAAUGGUAGUGUUGUUGCUAAGAGUUGCAAAAAAGGUACAUGUCUUUGCUUUUAA